AUGCUUGCCUACACAACCCCAACGGACACAGCUCUGUACCGGCGCAUCCCGGCUAACACGACAGGCCUCGCCAGCAUCCUCUUCUUCAUCGAGCGACUCCAGAGGUGCUACAUACCCACGGGGGAGAAGCCUGUUAGCAUGGGAGUUGCUGCUGGCUGGUACAUGUUGUCAGCUCUCCUACAACAAGGCUCCAACACCUACCCAAUCAGCACUGCAGCACGGGUAAUCUACUGGGUUGGCUACAGUGUGUCCCUCAUUGUGUACACAUCAUACUCUGCCACACUGGUCUCACAUCUUGCUGUGGAGCAGCCUGCACCUCUGCCAUUCAGCAACCUGCGGGACCUGUCUAGGCAGUCAGGCUGGGAUGCUGGAUGCAACAACAAUGACCUCUUCCAAGUGACAGCCUCGGUGGGUCCUUGGCUUCUUGCUGUGUGAACUGAUAUACCAUCCAGUGGUUGAGAGUUGAGAGAGAGAGAGAGAGAGAGAGAGAGAGAGAGAGAGAGAGAGAGAGAGAGAGAGAGAGAGAGAGAGAGAGAGAGAGAGAGAGAGAGAGAGAGAGAGAGAGAGAGAGAGAGAGAGA